AUGUCAAAAUACAAAGUUACAAUUGUAUUACAAGGCGAACUAAUACAAAACUUACAUUUUGGGCCAUAUGCUAAAUAUUGGUGGAUUUCACGUCCAACUCAUAAUGACUUAACAUAUACAUUUCUCUAUCUAAUUCGUCUCGGGAUGAAAACUAUAACUACAGUAAACCAGCGUGACUUCAUAAUUACAGUUGUUCAGAAUAACUUUGAACCCAGUUCCUCAGAAGCAAUUACUUCUAUAUAUCAACAAGCUUUUUCUACAAAAACUAGAUUAGAUGGUCUCUUAGUUAUGGGUUAUGAUGAUUCAGAGAUAUAUAAAAUGUUACUUUCUGAUAUUUAUUUUCAUCCUUAUACCUUUAAAAUUGGAAACUUAAAUGUGAUUAUUUUCGAAAUUGGUAAAUUGAACAACCCCGAUUGGAAUUAUGCUGGAAAAGGAUACCAAAGCUCUUUUGUAUAUAACUUUCGCAAAACUCGAACGAUAUUUUUUCAAGAAUUUAAUAAUAAUAAUGCGAUUGUUAGAAUUUAUCAAAAUUUUCAAGAAAUUCGGAUUUUUCAUGAUACUAACCCUAAUUCUGUUUGGAGUAAAAUUGGUAUAUUAGUACAAUUUACAGGAAGCAUGCUAUUUGGACUUGAACAUGAACGAACGAAUCGUCGCGUCUGUCUAGGAUUUGAUAUUUCACAAGGAUCAGAUAUUGAAUUAGCGAUUGAAGGAAUUCGUAGAAUAUCAGUGGCCCAUCUAAAACCAGAACGUACUAAAGAUAAGACAAGUGAGUGGCCAUGCGAUGGCGAUUAUGCAGGAUACAUUCGAGCACGUGCUAUACCUAAUAUUGGUGAAUGGAACAAUUUUUUACCGGCGAAAUUAGAGAAAUUGAAAAAGAAAGAAAUACAAAAACCGCAUCUUCAAGUAACUCAGCAUUCGACCCCCAAAUCUCCAUGGUUUAUCCCAUUACUACAUAAAUCAGUAGUUAUUUCUCAUCACUCAACGGCUGACUACCUACAAGAACUAAGCGAAGAAAAAAA